CCACAGCCUCAGAGAGACAGAGCAGGACAUCUGGAGCCUGUGAAAAAGCAUCCUGUGUCCAGUAAAACGCAACAGGGGAGGGAUCAAGAGGGGAGAGACAGUGAACAGAGAGGCAGUGAAACAGAAAGAAGAAGAGCAGUGAGACGGAGAGAUGAUCAGAGACGGCUGCUUGGAGAUGGAUUUGAAUUUGCUUCAAGCUCUGGAGAGAGAAACAGUCCUGGAGGUUCUGCAGAGGGACAAACUUCUACGCACCAUUGAGGAGGAGAGGAUCAGGAGGAUGAAACAUGAGCUCCAGGAGCUCCGUAGGAAAGGUGCCAAGAGCUUUGCCAGGCAGUACGGGGAGCGGACCUGCGCCCGCUGCCAGAGGCCCCUGGGAAAGUUCUGGAACUCGGGCGCUGUGUGCCGAGGCUGCAGCCACCGGAUCUGCAGCAAGUGCCGCGUGGGCGUGGGAGCAGCGGACUGGAAGUGCACCGUCUGCCACGCCUACAGGGAAGUCAAAAUCAGGUCUGGUGAAUGGUUCUUGGAGGAGAGGGCAAAGAGAUUUCCAGUCACAACAGAGAGACAUGAGACUGUUGGAGAGAAAUUAUUGAAGUCCUGCGAUGUACUGAGUUAUAUAUCAAUUGUGCCACCUACUCCUCCACCGCAUUUUGACGAUUCAGUAUGGAACAGAUCUUUGACUUUAAAAAACUCAAAACCUUUUACCAAAUCAAUGGAGGACCUAAUGGUUUCCUUCACCAGCCACAUUAAAAAGAUGUCCAUGUCUCAGAACGAUGUGCGAGCAGACCACAUGCUGCUGAGAGUGGACGAGUCAGGAUACAGAGGCCAGAAGAGCCUGUCAGACACAGACAUCAGCACAUCUACCAAUCUCACCAAAGGCCCCAGUCUGCCCAACCUGUUCAAGAGAAGCAAUUACAGCGACCAGGAGGGCUCGUCCACAGGGGCGGAAGAGGAAGCCUCCAUCUGUUCAGAGUACUCUGGAGGAAAGAGGGGCAGCUGCAGCAGCAUCAGCACAGAGUGCGGCCUCUUUGAGAGCAGCAGUGUAACAGGAGAGUUGGAGCUGGCCUUGACCUACAACACCGACACCUCCUGUCUGCACAUCACAGUCAGCGGCUGCAGAAACCUCACCUACGGAGAUGCCAAGAGGAGGAAGUGUCACCCAUAUGUCAAGAUCUACCUGUUGCCGGAAAAGACUCAAAGCACUAAACUGAAGACGACGGUCAAGAGAAAUACAACUGAUCCUGUCUAUAAUGAAGUUUUAAAGUACCACAUAGAGCGCCCUCUGCUGCAUGGGAGGACGCUGCAGGCCUCUGUGUGGCACUCGGGCACCCUGAAAAGGAAGGUGUUUCUCGGAGAGGCGCUCAUCCCACUGGAAGACUGGAGGUUUGAGGACAAGGCCUCGCAGGGCUUCAACUGGUACCUGCUGUGUCCCAAGCGGCCUGAGAGUCCAGAAGAGGCAGCAGAACAGGGCAGAGGAGAAAUGCUGGUCAAAGUCAAGUUCAGCACCAAGCGCCGGACUUCCUAUGUCUCUCAAACUGAUGGGGUUAGCACCGGGCCACAUGGCAAUGAUCAACUAACUGUCCUUAUCAAAAGUGCCAAACACCUUCCCAUUAAAGCAAACACUAGUCAGAGCACCUACGUCAAAGGAUGUCUGACUCUGAGGAGAGGCAGAGAGCUCGUCCAGAUGAUGUCCAUCCAGCAGGGGAGACCGGGCUCCGAGCAGCUGCUGUUUGACAGAGUUUCAGCCUCUGAGCUCCAGGACAGCUGUCUCACCCUGGACGUGUGGGGCCAAACCUCCUCCAGCCCCACAGACAGGCCCCUGGGAGCAGCUCGAAUGGACCUGGGGUCACUAUGGCAACCGGUGUUGCAGAUGCCCAACAAGUGGCAUGACUUCAGCUUGCCCAUUCUUGCCAACGUCAACAGUGGGAGAAUAUGACGGCACUGAAUUCAACAGAGGAGGCCUGGACGUUUGACCUCUUUCCCCAAAAACAGACUCAGCACUUUAAUAAGCUGUUUGCACUGACAACCACACCCCCUCUCACUUUCUGUCAGUACUUAUGUUGUAAUUAUUAUCAGCUAUACAUUAUUUAUUUAAAUAGUUGGCAUACUGUAUGUUCUGAUUGUAUUUAUAUGAUUUACUAUGCCCAACUAUGUUUGUAAGAAAUAAUCAAUGUAUUUAUCUAUCAAACUGUGUCACUUUCUGAUUGUGAUAUAUGUACGCACAUCUGCAGCA